GUGUUGUGUAUCCAAUGGAAAGAGAAUUACCAAACGUAUCAUUGAACAACUGUUUGAGAACUUCUAGUGUCAUUGGAAUGCAACAAAACAAUGAUGAGAAUUCACUUAAUAAUAAAGCGAAUAUAUACAAUAGUGGAAUUCAGUGCGGUCUAAACUUAUCCAAUAGUAGUAUGUGUGAACAUCAGAAUUUAACAACAUUUGAUCCCUCUUUACGACCGGUGCAUGCUGAAGUUUGUGUAUCUCCGUAUAAUUGUGAAGAAUUUACUGUCAUUGAAUCUUACGUCGUAGAAUUUCUACGUCAACUUGGUCCUCGACACAUACCAACUGUCCUAAACAAAUUUGAUAAUGAAUUGAGUUUAGUAACAUGUAAUAGUGAGGUGAAUAAGUUUCAUCAGGUUCUUACUAGUUGUGUUGCGUCAAUUAAUUUAAUGCUUGAUGAAGCUGAUGGAAUUUAUGAUAAUGAUACUGGUCGAUCAGUUAAUCUUUGUAUUACACCUAUUUUAGUACAUAUUUAUCAAAUGGUUAAUGGAGAUGAAGCUUUACCAGUUCAAGAAUUAAUUGAAUUCGGUUCAGAAUCUAUAAAUGGUGGAACUACAUGGUUACUUCCAUCAGCAGAAAUGUCAGGUCUCUGGGAAUCACUUAUUUUUGAUACAGAUAUAAAAUUAAAUUUAUUACAGUAUGCACAAACUGCUCUACUAUUUGCUGAUCGAAAAGUAUCUUCAUCUGUAAUUUCUUGGAAUCGUGUAAUUCUGUUGUAUGGUCCUCCAGGGACUGGUAAAACUUCACUAUGUCGAGCAUUAGCUAAUAAAUUAGCCAUAAGAAUGGCUGAUCGUUACUCAUCAGCACAAUUAAUUGAAAUUAAUACAAUGAAUUUAAUGUCGAAAUGGUUUUCCGAAAGUGCACGUCUCGUAACAAAAAUGUUUGAUGGAAUUAAAGAAUAUUUAGAGUCAAAUGAUCAUCUUGUAUGUUUAUUAAUUGAUGAAGUUGAAAGUUUAACAGCUGUCCGAACUUCUUCCAUGUCAGGCUGCGAACCAAGCGAUGCUAUUCGUGUUGUUAAUUCUGUUUUAACUCAAAUUGAUCAAAUUAAACGUUUCCCCAAUGUUUUGAUAUUGGCCACUUCAAAUGUAACCGGUGUUAUAGAUCCAGCAUUUUUGGACAGAGCUGAUAUACGUCUGUUUAUUGGUCCACCAUCUCCACCAGCUAUUUAUUCAAUCUAUCGCACUUGUUUAUAUGAAUUAAUAAGAGUUGGAUUAAUCAAUUCUACAGAGGAUAGUCGAUUAUUAAGUUAUCAAACAUUGGCAUCUGUACAAUUUAUGGAAAAUCAAGCCAAUUCAUUAAGUAUAGAACUAUGGCGUUUAGCAGAACAUAGUCUUGGUUUAAAUGGUCGUACAUUGCGCAAAUUACCUUUGUUAGCGUAUGCAUUUUAUUUGAAUAAACUAAUCCCUGAUAUGCGAUAUAAUUCUACCCUUCAUUGUCGUCGAAUUCAUCUACCAGACUCUAAUAAAAAUAAUUCCUCUAUUCUAAAUGAAUCUUCAUCAUUUUAUAAUGUUAGCUCAUCCACUAUGUGUAUGAAUGAAUCGAUUCAUUGUUCAAUGAUAUCAGCGACAGGAACAGCAGCGGUGGUACCAGAAGCCGAAUUAUCAUCAUUACCAUUGCCGAUUCCUAAUUGUGUAAAAUCGAAUAAUGUUUCAUUGGGUAUAUUUAUUAAAGCAUUGAAAUUAACUGUAGAUGCUCAAUUCACCGAGUUGAAGUCACUUGAUUUAGCAUCAUUGGGAAAGGGACGUUUAACUGGAGUUCAAUGAACAGAAUUAAAGUACACUUAUUUUUCUUUGCUGUUUCUUUUAUAUUUACUACCUCUUUCCUGCUCCCGGUUUUUUGUACGUUUAUGUACACAUUUGUUUCUGAAUGCAUUUAUGUUUUUCUUGCUAGUCUGGUU